AUGUCGCUUGCUCCCUGUGCACGACGAACUUGCCUGUUCUCAAGACAGCUAUCUGUUCAGACAUAUCGACAGUUCUCUUGUCGAAGUCUCUCCCAGAUCGCUUCCAAAAGGCCCGAAGUCUCCUCGAUUGCACCAAGAAAUGUCUACAAACGUCACACUAUUCCAGCGGCCAUCCGUGAGUUUACCGUCUUGUUGGGCCGUGACAACCAACAUCCUUCUCUCCGAUUCGCAGGUUACGCCACGUCCGUGACGCCGCAUUCUUCAGCCAUAGACCCAGCCGAGGUCGAAGCCCUGCGAUGUCUAGAGCAAGGGACAGCAAAACUCGAGGAGGGCGACGUGCAGGCAGCCAGGGAUCUGUACAAACGCAGUGUCGAGAUAAAACGAAACGCCAGUUCUCUGUUCAAUCUUGGUGUGACAUACUAUCAUCUUAAGGAGUACGAGCAGGCGAUUGCCGCUUGGAAGGAGUCUAUAGCCCUCCAGCCGUCAAGCCCGGAUGCACACACCAACCUCGCAAGCGCGUAUAUCAUUUCUCCAGUUUCACGUCCGGAUCUUGCACUGCACCACUUGGAGGUUGCAUCUUCCCUUUCACCAGAGGAUCCUGAAAUAGCAUUCAACCACGCUGCCGUUCUGGAAGCAACUGGAAGGCUAGAAGAAGCUCUCGAAAAGUACAAACUGGCUAAAGACUAUGGUGUAGAACGUGCCGCGGUCCAUAUCCGCAAUGUGAGCGCAAAGAUCCUUGGCAAACGGAUGAAGGAGGAAGAACAACCAUCCAGCACCAGUUCAGCGGAAGGCUCAUCAUCGUAA